AUGGGCAAGGAAGACCACUCAUGCUUUGCUACAGUGUUCGACGCCGACGUAGCUGUUAUCCCCCUACAUUCGAGGUUUUUCCGGGCGGCGGGGCUGGCCGAGCUCGGCCGUGAUGGCCGGCAGUGGGAGUGGCCGAAGCCUUCUGCUGAAGAGGUGGCGGACAGGCUCGCCGACUGCGAUGAACCCGUUCGAGAUAAAGUGCGCGACACCGUCCGGGGCAGCGACGCGGGCUCUAGCCUCCUAUCAAUGAGCGCGCUGUGCUGGGUGGUGAAGAGGAUGGAUCGCCUGACCAGCAACGACCUUCGCAGUGCGACCAGCAUGGACAAGGUCCUCGUUUCGGGGUUGAAGGAGCUGCGGAUUCGGAUGAUCACAUUCAUCAAGGAACACGUCGCACGCAAACGGUCAGGCCAUGUCGAAGUUGCUGCCGACUCCUGUAACGACGACGCCGCGGAGCCCCCUUCGGCAUCCCAAGCAGUCGAUGUCGCCGACACCAGCGGAGAGGCCGGAGACGGCGUCGACAAGGCAGAUGAGGAGGCAGAAAGGGUUGUGGCGAGGACCGCGGAUCAGGAAAAGGAGGAGGAGGAGGAUGACACCGACGAUCAGGAUGAUAACAAGGAGGAUCGUGAGAAGCGUGAGCAGGGGCAUGGGCAGGAGGAGGAAGAGGAGGAGGAGGAGGAGGAGGAGGAGGAGGAGGAGGAGGAGGAGGAGGAGGAGGAGGAGGAGGAGGAGGAGGAGGAGGAGGAGGAGGAGGACAAGGCGGCGGUGGCGGCAGAGGCCGUGGAGCAGGGUUUCGGGUCGGUGGAGCAGGUGGCGGAGGGGGAGAAGCAGCAAGAGGGGGAGGAGGAGGUAGAGUUCCCCUGGGUCGAAUUCAAGAUGGAGGAUGUUGAGGGAGCGGGGGCGGUGGCCGUGGAGGGAGCGGCGGCGGCCGUGGAGGGAACGGGUGGGAUGUUGGCGGAUGUUGUGUACGUGCGAGGGGAGGGUGCCAAUGUGGAGAAUGUCGGCGUGGAGGAGGCGCACGUGGUAGGCAAUGUGGUUGGCGACGCAAAGGAGGAGGAUAACGCCGCGGCCCCGACGCCGACGGGCGUGGAGACCACCACAAGGAACGCAGGGGUGGAACGUCGGGGUGGAGCGGUAGAGGCGGGCCGUCAACCGGGUUCCUCAGGAGGCAACGCCGGCCGUCGUCGGUUUGCGAUGGGGAUUGGCCGCCUCGUGGACAAGCUCAGGUCGUUGGCCGACCAGGUCGCCGCCUCCGACCAGGACGCGGCGAGUCGGCUGAUGGACGCGUCCUUGACCAUGGCGACGACCGUCACGGAGAACAUCACCGCCAACAUGGGUGAAGCAUGGGAUGCGAUGAAGGCGUACGCCGAGAGGGCGGAGUGCUGGUUGGACGAUCUAGAGAAUCCGGAGGGGUUUAUGGCGGUGCAACGUGCGAACGCGGUCGUCGCCAUGGGCAACCACGUGGACGAAGCGAGGAAGGGAUUGGAGGAAUACAUAUCGAAGCACCUAGUUGCCGCGCAGACCAACAUCAUCGCCGCGGUAACUCAACGCGUCGCCGUGCCGCCGCCCACGUCGCCCGCCUCACUGCCAACUUUCCCGGACGAGCUCAUGAAGUCUUUCAAGGCGGACGUGUUGAAGGCGGUGACUGAGGCCACCCAACAGUCAUUUGUUGCAUCCGGGUUAAACCUCAUGACCGGGGUGAUCGGCAAUCUGGCACCUGGUCAGCUUGGGUCGUUGCCGUCGGCCAACGAGGCUGACAAGAAGGGUGCGAAAAGGGCAGGUGGCGGAGAUGAUGCGUUGAGCUCGAAGCGGAGCAAGGGAGCCGAUGGAAGCCGCGGCGUUGGCGAGGUGGGUCCACGCCGCUCGCGGAGCAAGGGAGCCGAUGGGAGCGGAGGUACGAGCGUGGUCGACCAGGUCAAGAAGAACGGGGCCAAGGUGAAAAGGACGCAUAGCAAGGGCGAUGGAAUCAGGAGUGCGGAGGGGGGCCCUGCCGACCAGGUUGUCACUCAAGAGGCUGAACCAACACCCCCGCCAUUGGUCGCCAAGAAGCCGGCGAGUCUAGCGACCGCACCAACGGCGAUAGAUGGCGGCGCCAAAACCGUCAAGGGACCGUCUGGCGGAGUGGCGGGGACCAUGUUGAUUCCCCGCAAACCCCCUGCGGCUAGCAGCGCGCCGGUCGCCCCGUCAGCCGCCAACAACGAUGGGCCCUCCCUUGCCGCUACUCCAGCACCAGCAGGCACGUCUGCCGCCAAGGUUGACGCGGUGGAUGCUGCGGCUAACCGCGCUGAUCCGUCCGCCCCAAAGGCGAACGUGCUCAGGGAAAUGCUCUGCCGCAUGGAGACCCAUAGACAGGACGUGCAGCAGCCUCCCGUGGUCGGUUCCGCGCCGGCCACAACAGCACGUCGCUUGGUCACUCCGCAGGUCGCCGCCACAACGUCCAGUGCCCCACCUACCGCGCUAAUCAUCGCCGCCCGUCCUCCUGUGGACCCAAAGUCCGCGUUGCUUCGCGCCCGGUUAGGCGCACGUACUGCGGCAGCGCCAGCACGGGCUCAGCCGAUAUCCAGCUCAAGCCCGACGCCGACGUCGGUAACCGUAGCUGCACCCACACUCGGUGCGGCUACUGUCAAGGCGGUGGCGGAGAAGGGCGUGAGUGUAGCGCUAGCCACGAGCGGCGGAUCAGUUGACCCUGCACAAGCGGCGAAGGACCACAACGACGCCGAUAUCGCUGCCAUCCAUCCCACCGCAUGUACAGCGAAGCCAAGGACGACCACUGCUACGGUCGGCGCGGGAAAGUCGAAACGAAAGGGGACGGUCGUCGCAGGGAAAGCGAGGCCGAGCUCGCAGAAGAAAACACGGGCGACGUCGGCGAUGGUGAAGUCGGUGGAGAAAGGACAGGGGAUGGCGACGGCAAUGGUGAAGGAGAAGGCGGCGGAGAACGGGAAGGAGAAGGAGAAGGAGAAGAAGGAGAAGGAGAAGGAGGAGGAGGAGGAGGAGGAGGAGGAGGAGGAGGAGGAGGAGGAGGAGGAGGAGGAGAAGAAGGAGAAGGAGAAGGAGAAGGAGGAGGAGGACAAGAAGGAGAAUGAGGAGGAGGAGGACAAAGAGAAGGAGGAGGAGGAGGAGAAGGAGGAGGAGGCGGUGGAGGAGGCGGAGGUGGAGGUGGAGGAGGCGGCGACGGAGGAGGAGAAGGUGAAGGUGAAAGAACGGAAGGGUCAUGGCAUCCGCCACGACACCACGGGCGACAAGCAAGGGUGGGUGGGCGAGAUUAAGGUGGUCGGGAACGAGAGUAGAUACAUCGGCAAGUCCCGCGAGAAGAUGGAGCUGGCUUACCUUCACUCGAUUGUGUACCUCCUCUACGACGGUUACGUCAGCAAGAUCCUCAUGGCCAAGCUCACCGGCUUGGAGGAAACAGUGAUGAAGCAGUGGAGGGCGAUGUGGGAGGAGGUCCGGUUCUUGCCAACUGGGAUGUGGACGGUGAUAUGGGCACGGGGCGGGUUCCUCCCAAAGACACGGUAA